GCGCAACUACACACACAGCUUAAAUACAUAAAUCACAAAAUGGUUUCUUCUUCUGCUAUCAGAUCUUUCCACUCAUCAGCUUUGAGACUCAACAAAUCAGUUGCCUCUAAUGCCACCUCCCGUUCAAAAUUCACAAGUUAUCUGUUUGGCGUUACGGUGCUUUACGGUGCUGGUGUUUAUCUGUUGUACGAAUUCUACUACAAGAACAACAAAAUUACAAAGAUGUUCAAGCAGGAGAGAGCAAAGACACAUGCUCCUCACCUCUGAUCGUUUCAGCCUAGUCGUGUGCUGUUAGAAUUAUGGAAGGGGGUUAAUUCCUAGUUGUGAUCCUUAUAGCAUAUCUAUAUUCCAAUAAUGCCUGUAUGACCUUUAUUUAAGUACUUUGCAACACUUUACGUAGCAAUGAAUAGUGAGAUACAC